AUGACUUCGCAGACACGUUCCCCUACCGAAGGUCAAUUGGCCGAUAAGCUGCCCGGAUUGACGGCAUACAUUACCGGCCACAAACCAGAUAAUGGAGACACAACCAUUCAAGAGAAGCGACCAGCGAAUUGGCGAUCAAUCGACAAGGGUGGCAUGACUUUCCAUGAGGUCUUCACAACAUCUGAGUUUCCCGUGUCUUUCAACGACGACGUCGACAUCAAAAAGCAUGACGACCGAGUCAACUCGGGAAAGAUGGGUAUUGUCAACCCUCGCGGUACCGUACUAAGAUUCGUCGACUUCUCUCCCGGGUUCGAGUCAAUGAUGCAUCGGACCAGGAGUCUGGACUAUGGCAUUGUGGUGGAAGGCGCCAUCGAAUUGAUCCUCGAUUCUGGCGAAAAGCAACUCCUGCAACGUGGAGAUGUGUGCGUCCAAAGAGGCACCAACCAUGCUUGGAGGAACCCAAGUACUACUGAGUGGACGAGGGUUGUUUACAUCUUACAAGACUCACAGCCAGUCGAGGUGCAAGGGAAACCUUUGAAGGAGUACCUGGGCCGAAGUGAAGGGGAGAUUCCUCCAAGCGGCAACGACGAGUAG